CUCUCCCGGAGAGGUACUCCUAGGGUUAUGUUUUACGGUCCAAUCCCGGGAAGCCAACUGGAGAGGGAAGUCAUGAAGCACAAGGGCUGCUGCCUAUGUGACUCUUCCCCUAGAAGCAAGGUUGCUGAGGAAGAUCCUGUUAAACAAUGGCUCAGCACCGGCGGCCAAUUGUUCUCCGUACUGUACACCCGAUAGCCAGCAAAAAAAUAAUAAUAAUAAAAAAUGUUAAAAAAAAAAAAGGAAAAAAGAAAGAAAGAAAAAAGGAGCAAACAAGGGGGAAAAAAACCCAGGAAAGAAAAAGGAGCCCAUCGAGGCUGAGUCGGGAAGGAGAAACUAGUUUUGGAGGAAGUGGUAUUCCUAGGGAAAAAUCAAGACCCUCUGCUUCAGACUCCUGCCUGGGUGCAACUUCUUAUGCGGGGGCCUGGCGGUGUCAAAACUUUGAAGAUUAAUGGAUUACUUUGUUAAUGACUCAAGGCGUCAGAUUGAGGUGCUUAAAUGAUUUGUGAGGUGCAAAGCGUUUUCCUGACAGUCCCAAACAAUGAGAGAAGAGUGUGCGGGUGGAGGCGAGGGAGGCAGCAGGCUGCAGGACAGACAGCCACACACACACACACGCGCACACACACACACACACACACACACACACACACGCACACACACACGCGCGCGCGCGCGCACACACUCGCAGCCUCUCACACAAACAUAUCCACGCACACGCACCCUCCCCCCCACCCCCGAUCAUUUCAGAUUAGGACGCCAAGGGGAUAGAUACUCGAGAUAUCAUUUCCCUCUUUAAAAAAAGUGUAAAUAAAGCCUUUCUGGCCCCCAAUGAGGCGUUCCUUCCCGACUUUUUUGGAUCAAUCAAACAGACAGUGGCUUCUUUUGAUUAAAGCCCAAAUUGUCAUUGGGCAGAGGCAAUCAUGUGACAGCCAAUUCGGUCCAAUUUCAACCUUGUCUCCAUGAAUUCAAUAGUUUAAUAGUAGCACGGUCCCCAUACGGCUGUAAUCAGUGAAUUAGAAAAAAAACACCCCACCAGCGAUCUUCUAUGCUAUAUUUUUUUCUCCUCUCUCUCCUUUUUCCUGGGCCUUCCCCCCCCCGAGCCCCCUGAAUCCGAGGGAACUUUUUCUCCGCGGGGGCUGCCAGUUGAAGGCCAUGAAUUUCGCAUUUGAGCGAGAGAUCGGUUUUAUCAAUAGCCAGCCAUCGCUUGCUGAGUGCCUGACAUCUUUUCCCCCUGUCGGUGAUACAUUUCAAAGUUCAUCAAUCAAGAACUCGACGCUUUCACACUCGACACUGAUUCCUCCUCCUUUCGAGCAGACCAUCCCCAGCCUGAACCCCGGCAGCCACCCUCGCCACAGCGGCGGCGGUCGCCCCAAGGCGAGCCCCCGCGGCCGCAGCGGCAGCCCGGGCCCCGCCGGCGCCCCGCCGCCCCCGGAGUACCCCUGGAUGAAAGAGAAAAAGGCGUCCAAGCGAUCCGCGCUGCCGCCCGCCUCGGCCUCCGCCUCAGCCGCUGGACCUGCCUGCCUCAGCCACAAAGACCCCCUUGAAAUCCCCGAUAGCGGUAGCAGUGGAUCUAGGCGGCUGAGGACGGCUUACACCAACACCCAGCUUUUGGAGCUAGAGAAAGAAUUUCAUUUCAACAAGUAUCUCUGUAGACCGAGGAGAGUUGAGAUUGCAGCCUUGCUGGAUCUGACUGAGAGACAAGUCAAAGUCUGGUUCCAGAACAGGAGGAUGAAGCACAAGCGACAGACCCAGUGCAAGGAGAACCAAAACAGCGAAGGGAAAUUUAAGAGCCUAGAGGACACGGAGAAAGCGGCGGAGGAGGAGGAGGAGGAGGAGAAAUCCCUCUUCGAGCAAGCCCUCAGCAACGUCUCCGGCGCGCUCUUGGAGCGGGAGGGCUACGCUUUCCAGCAGAAUGCCCUCUCCCAGCAGCAGGCGCAGAAUGCGCACAAUGGCGAGUCCCAAACUUUCCCCGUUUCGCCUUUAACGAGCAAUGAGAAAAAUCUGAAACAUUUUCAACAUCAGUCACCCACUGUUCAAAACUGCCUCUCAACAAUGGCCCAGAACUGUGCAGCUGGCCUGAACAAUGACAGUCCUGAGGCCCUAGAUGUCCCUUCUUUACAGGACUUCAACGUUUUCUCCACAGAUUCCUGCCUACAGCUUUCAGAUGCAGUUUCCCCCAGUUUGCCAGGAUCUCUGGACAGUCCCGUAGAUAUUUCUGCUGACAGUUUUGACUUUUUCACAGACACACUCACCACAAUUGACUUGCAGCAUCUGAAUUACUGAGAAAUUAAAGACGUCCUCUCCAA